AUGUCAGUUGGUUUUCCGGAGUUCCAAAUGAAAAUUGAUGAGGUAAAGGCCUAUUUGGAAGAAACCAAAGACAUAAGCAAAGACAGUUCCGAGGGCAAAUCGGGUAUAGGGACUAUUUUGAGGAAAAUAAUGAAAGGGAUAAAAGCUGUUGCAAGCAUUAUAAAAGGCAUUGAAAAAAUUAAAAGUAAAGAGCCUUGGAAAAUUUUUGAUGGUCUUCUUGACAUUUCCUCAAGCAUUAUGAACCUGGUUGAGGGCGGUUUUGUUGGGAUUCUUUCGGAAGCUGUUGGCGUGUUGUUGACAGAAAGCAAAUCAAAUCAGCCAAGUGUGGUACACCAACUAGUAAAUGUUGUUCACGAUGACACGACUCACUUUAACAGAAAGUCAUUGGAUCAGAAAUACAACGCACUUAAAAUUCGCGUGUCAGAACAAAUUUUUCAGUUGCAGGGAAUGAAAGAAGGAGAGAAAUUAGAUGAUCCUUCUCUGUGGAAUGAUUACAUCCAGUUUUUGGGUGAGCUUGCGAUCAGGUUUGAGUCACCGCUUCCUUUCAAGUAUGAAAACUACCUGACAGAGGAUCCCGAUGUGAAAGAUUUCGUAACAGCCGUAGUUAAGUACUCUGAAGCUCACUCUUUCUUCAUGACUCUUCUGUUCGCUGCUAAAGCAAAAUAUACAGAAUUAAGAAUGGUGCACGAAGACGACGUAGCCAUUAUGGACCGUAAAAUGACUUUCCAAAUUAAAGAAGCCAAAGCGAAACUCUCUUUCCUGUCAGAAAAGAGAUUUUUGACAUUUCUUGGAAGAAUUGAGGGCGGAAAACUCACCAAAAUUCUGGCUUUAAGCCGAAGAUUUCAUGACAGAAACCUGGUAGAAACCGUUCGACAGAGCUUGGGUUUGUCGCCAAUGCCGGAUUUAUCAACCGUCGAGUCUUCUGCAAAGAAAGUGAGUCAACAGGCAGUGACUUUGAGGUCAGUAGAGAUUUGCAAUUGGCUUCUUUUACAGUACUUUGGUAUCUCCUAUUCCAUUCAGUUUAUCAAUGAAGCUGACCUUCCGAUGAAGGUUGUUUCGGGUAAAGUCCGCUGGAGUCAAGGGAACCAACUUAAGUUUGAGCAAAUCGUUGCACCUCACUCAUCGUAUCGCCGGGAGGCUAGUUUCGGCUUCUCUACCGGUGGGUACAUUAUUCUGUAUUUAAAAGACAAUAUGUUGAGCUCCGAUUUCAAGAAUACCAGAGUUAUCGAAUUUGCAUUGUCAAAAAUUUUUCAUCAAACUAAAAUAAGCCUCACAGACAUAACUGACGCAGAGUUUUUGCACGGUCUGAAUGCCUACAACGAGAGGUCUGAAGAUACUGUAACUCUGUACUUUCCUGAAAAUGGAAAAUAUUACAUUGCCAAAGCUGAGAUUUUUGUAUGUUGGCCCAAUCGCACUUUUCGAUUCAUCAUUCAAGACUUUGACCCAGAAGCUGUUGGAGAUGGAAAACAUUAG